GCAAGACGGAAGUGAGCAUUAGCCAUCGGAAGCAGAGAGCAUCACAGCGAUUGUACAAUGUUUAACAGCAGACUGUUUAUUAAUUCAGGGACCACAAGACAAAAGGAACACAUAAUCUGAUGUGGAGCCACGCAGGGAACGCGUUUCCAUCGAUUUAGCAAGUAUUUAUAGCCAAGAAAAGUGAAGCACUUGGCUCUAAUGAGUCAGUGGAUGGUGACUGGGACAAUGAAAGUAUAUUUACUGUCUGUAUUCGGGAUGCACACAUGAAGUUUAAUAUGUGGAAAUAACUUUAAAAGCACCGAUAGUUGAUGGUUCAUUUAAUUAGAGGGUAGCAAUCACCAGGCAGUUAAACUUAGGCUAGCUCUUCAUUUGUUUUGAUAAAGGACAGAUACAUCAUUGAAAGAUGGAUGAUGAGAUAUUGGAUCAGAGCAUGUUUGUUGUUUAUCAACUGGUGUCUUGGAUCGCAUCAGUCGCCAUCAUAUUUGGAGGAGUUGUGCCAUACAUCCCUCAGUACAGGGAUAUUCGCAGGACUCAGAAUGCUGAAGGAUUCUCCACCUAUGUAUGCCUGGUACUGCUGGUUGCCAACAUCUUAAGAAUACUGUUUAGGUUUGGACGUUACUUUGAAACUCCUUUGCUUUGGCAGAGUAUCAUCAUGAUCAUCACCAUGUUAAUCAUGCUGAAUCUGUGCACCAACGUCCGCGUGGCCACUGAACUCAACACUAAACGCCGCUCGUUCACAGCGACAGACAGUAAGGACGAGGAAAUCAAAGUUCCUAAGAGGCUCUUUGUGGACUUUGACUGGAACUACUUCUGGUCUUGGAGUCGAUUUGUGGAUUAUCUGCAGUGUGUUGUGGCUUUCACAGUGCUGACAGCCUAUGUGACGUAUCUGCUGUUGGACUCGGUUCUGUUCGUAGAGUCCCUGGGUUUUCUGGCCGUGUUCACUGAAGCCAUGCUGGGAACUCCACAGCUCUACUGCAACUAUCAGAACAAAUCUACUGAAGGCAUGAGCAUUAAGAUGGUGUUGAUGUGGACCAGUGGAGACACUUUCAAGACAGGUUACUUCCUGUUGACUCAGGCUCCAAUGCAGUUCUGGAUCUGUGGUCUGCUCCAGGUGUGUGUGGACAUCGCCAUCCUCUUCCAAGUGUACUUCUACAGCCAUUACCCACAGAAACCCGUCUCACACACCACACACACCACCAGCGCCAAGGCUCUCUAAAACACAACUCCCACACAUAUUAACAAAUGGACACAGUGGACAUGAGCAUGGGCACGCAAAUAAGAAACAACUUGCUUUCAAGUGUCAAUGGAUCAGUGGACAGCUUUUACCUGGAAUAUUUGUAAUUUUUGUAAAGAGCUGCUACUCUUCGGACUGACAUGCAGUAUGAUGUACACGGGUACUGUAUGUACAGUGUAUAUAUGCUGAUUGGACGAGGAUUUUGCUCACAUACACUGAUCAGCCACAGCAUUAAAACCACCUGCCUAAUAUUGUGCAGGUCCCCC